AUGGAUAAAUUCAUUAAACGUAGUGUAAGUUUGUCAGGUGAAAGUAACGAAGAAGAAAAAGAGUCAAUGAAAAAGAAACCCAAAAUUGUUCAUCGAAAAUAUGACGAAAGGGAAGCUCUUAUGAGGAAGUCUAUGCCUGACGUUCUAUUGCGCGUUCUUCAAGAAAUUAUCAAAAUCGUCAAUUACAUCAAGUCGCGACCGCUGAACUCUCGUAUUUUUAAUGCACUGUGUCAUGAAAUGGGGGCAGAUCAUCAGUCGCUUUUGUUUCAUACACAGGUACGAUGGCUUUCUCGCGGCAAAGUACUUUCCCGAAUUUAUGAGUUGGAAAAUGAGACUGAGAUGUUCUUGCAGUCCCAGGGUUCAGAUUAUGAACAUUUAUUUAAAAAAGAAGAAUGGCUAGCAAAACUUGCAUAUCUGACGGAUAUAUUUGCUCACUUAAAUGAGCUCAAUAGAAAAAUGAAAGGCAGAAAUUCCAAUAUUUUGACAUCGUCGGAUAAAAUUGAAAGCUUUCGCGCUAAAUUGGAACUAUGGAUCAGUCUCGCUACGAAUGGUAAUAAUGAAAUGUUCCCAAAUGUCAUUGCAGCUGACAUAGAACAAAAGGUGCAGGCUUUGAUUGUCAAACACUUAAAGCUUCUUGCAGAGAAAAUGAAUUUCUAUUUCCCUAAGCGUGAUCUGUAA